AUGAAUACACCACCGGACAACAAUAAUCAGAACCAGCAGAUCACACAGGCGGCUAUAGAGCCAGACUCGCCGCCGGAAGACGAAGGCUUUGCAGAAUCGAGUACGUCUAGUUACUGUACCUCGAUCCAGUCGGAGAUCAGAAACGGGCGGAUUGAGAAUGGUCGUGUAUAUGCCGCGUACGGACGAAAUGAAUAUGGCUUGCCCGUUGACGAUUACGAGCUGGACCGGAUCGACAUGAACCACGAAAAGUACACUCUACUGCAGAACAACAAGCUAUUUCUUGCCCCGUUGCCUCCGAAUCCCCAGAAGAUGUUAGAUAUUGGCACCGGCACAGGAAUCUUUGCCAUCUACCUCGCCGAUAUGUUCCCGUCGGCCAUAGUCCUCGGAACGGAUAUUUCGCCCAUCCAACCCCCAUGGGUCCCUCCCAAUUGCCAGUUCGAAAUUGAUGAUGCAGAAGAAGAUUGGCUGUAUCCAGAAAACUCAUUCGAUUAUAUCCACGGCCGAGAUCUAUACCACUCGAUUCGCGAUUGGCCCAGGCUCAUUGGGCAGGCGUACAGCCACCUCAAACCGGGAGGGUACCUCGAACUUGCCUGCGUGUGGCCAGUGCCCAAGAGCGAUGACGACAGCUUGCCCAAGGAAGGAUCAGCGUACGUCGAGGUGUGCGACACGUUCCAAGAGAUCGCGGCUCGUAUCGGGGCCGCGCCUGACGCUCCUUGGAGCUACAGGUCGUGGAUGGCCGAGGCCGGUUUCCAGAACAUCCACGAGCACAUCUUCAAAAUCCCCACCUCUCCGUGGGCUCGGGAUCCAAGGCUAAAGAAGGUCGGUGCGUUGGAGCUGGUGAAUGUCAUGGAAGGCGCACAGGCAUUCUUGCUUCGGGGCUAUACAGCAAACAUGGGCAAAACGCGAGAGGAAUUGGAGGUCUUGCUGGCGCAGAUGAGGAAGGAGCUUGUGAACCAACGGUUUCAUAGCUAUGUUUCAUUGUAG